AGCAGGCAUUCCCGUUAAAAUAUGUUCAUCGCCUUUGAGUACACUAUGUCUGUGGAGUUUUCUGUGUUGUGACUUCCCGCUCAUUCUCGCACUCACACAUACACACACACACUCUCUCUCUCCGCCUGCAAUAUUGGCUCUGCGCGCCAUCGCUAGUUUACUUUUUCCCUAUCAGCAGCAACAAGGAAGGUUUGUCAACACCUCUCGGAUAGCACAACACGUAUACACACGGCUAUGGUGACGGACACAAGCUUAACCAAUAUUCUGGUUGUGAAUGGUGUGUCUCAGAUCCGUUACCGAGCAUACACUGACACUUGUAAACGAUCUACACUUUUGCAUUCGUUGAAAAAACAAGAUCAUAAUUCGUCGAAUGCACUAAUCCAAGCAUUUCAUGAACUUUGCGAUCUCAAUAUUCCGUGCACCUGGCGCGCUGUCCCACUGUCACGGAGCAAUAACAAUAACGAUGACAAGAAGAACGGUGACACAGUUAAGCUCGAACUAUGGGUAUUUUGGUUCGAUGAAAGACACACCGGUCGAAUCGAUGGCAAUGAUAUGCUCAACCAGCUCGAAGAAGUUAAAAUGGGUACAUUUACCUGGGAAACAGUUACCAAUGGACUCACUACAGCAAAGUCAUCACCAUCUGCAAGCAGCAGUAACGGCAACAAAACGGCAAGCAACGGUAGUACUACUCGAGUCCGAGGCUUGGUAUCCGUGUUUGAAGAGUACAAAUUAUUCAUACGAUCUAUACGAAAUGUGGUCCACAAAUCCAUUAUUGCAUACGGUGCUGUUCCAUUGGGCGAUGUCUAUAUUAUGCCCGAAUGCCGCACCACUCCCGAAUACGAUCUGCUGACGAGCGAAAAUUACACCGCCUCCACCACUGCAGCCGUCGCGUAUAACGCCUAUAUCACCGGAACUGAUCUUGUAUUUCGACCUUAUACCCGCCAAUUACGAUUGCGCCGUCUCACAAGCGCGGAUGGACCAGGCACAAAAGUCAUCCUUGCUCCUGCCGGCGAGCAUGCUUACGUUACGUUAUCACCAGUCGAAAUAUCUGAGCACGCUCGAGAAAAAGUGUUUCUCGAAUGGUCAGCUUUAUUCAACAUACAGUUAACUGGAUCUUUCGUCGCCAUCCGCACUAAAACCAACGCCACUGUACUAUACCCGUCAAUGCUCGUUUUUGUACCCACGCCAAUUCGAGAUUCGCCUACUCUUAUCUCUGGAAUGAAUGGUGUUUUGGGCAAGAAUCGCGGCCUGACAGAAGAUAUCGGCAAGAAAUGGAGUCAAUGGGCGUGGUCCGAACACUUUAACAAGCACGACGACAUUAUCGACGGGCCUCGAAAAGAUAACGAUUGUCGAAUCAAUUACUGGAAUUACAACAAACGUUUGUUUCACAGAUUACUAGACGCAUUAACAGUGCCGCCAGCGAUAGACGAGCAUAACGUUAUUCAAAAAAUGAUGGAGCAGCCUAUCAUCCUUAGUCCUCUCAUGGCAGCAAAAAGUGUCGGUACACCAUCGCUUAGUCCAUUCGCGCUCCCGACGAUUGAUUCGAACGAUAAAUCAACGGCGAUGGAGAUCCUCAACAAUAACAGUGCAGAAGAUGCCGUGGUUAGCAGCAAUAUCAGUAGCAACAAUGUUGACGACACCAACAACAAAGGCAGUAGUGACUCUUUACAAGAUUUUAUUGCUCGUAACUUUGCUAUCAACAUGCCUAUUGAAGAAUUGUCCGGCAAAGAGCCCUUGGAUCCGAAUGCUGACCAACAGACACAACAUGAUAAUUUAAAUACGAAUGACAUCAGCAACGAUCCAAAUGCCCCAGAAGAACAUGAAGCAGCAGAAGCAGAAGACGUUUCAACAUUACCACAAGAGAUUGCACAAACUUCACCAACCGAAAAUAUGGACGACUUUGGUUUGUCGUACGGCAUGGAUGAGUUUUCAGAUCACCGCCAAUGGGACGGUGGUCUAGACAACGAUCUUGGAGACUUUGAUUUUGAUGUGACCGAGGCAGACUUCGAUUUUUUUGCACCGUCAACGGAUUCCAGCAGUAAAAAGGCAACAGUAGCCCAAACAACAACAGACACAUUAGGACAACUAGCAAACACAUCAACAUCACUGCUGCCAAUGGAAGACGUAAUUCCAACGACCGCCGACAAUCCUCUUGGUAUAUCAGCAGCAAGCAAAGAAGAGCCAAUGCUCGUAUCUGAUGAUUCUACUGCUGCCAUACUGUCUACGUCAAUGCAAGACGUGCCUAUGGUAUCUCAGCAGGAGCAACACCUGCCGGCACAACAAGAAUUACACGAAAAUGCAAACAUCAAAGUUGCCUCUAUGCCAACAGUGAAUAGUAGCCCAGUGGCAAGCGAUAUCACUGCCGUCGCAUCGAGCGAUGCAGGUGCAUCAACAGCAGUACCAGCAACGUUUGACACUUCCAUAUAUACAAUGACGCCAGACAGUAGAUCGCCAACCCUUGUCCUUACAAAAGCAAAAUAUGUGGGCGAGCAUCAGCACCUAGUGCCGCAUGAUUUUGCACCAGUCAGUUUUGUGGCAGGAGUUGACAACACGAAAUACCUUGAAGGUGGAAAGUUUACAUAUGCUUGCAGCGAUGAUGAAAGUGACAUUGCCAACAACAAUAAAACGGGUACCACAAAGCAUCGCCGAGCUCGAAUCAACUACAACAUGUAUCGACCAGAUUAUAUUCCAAGGAAGCUGAUGAAAUCCAGACGGAAAGCAGCACGAUUGAUGACUGAAAACGACCAGACAGUACCGAUUGAAAUUCCAAGCUCUUCGGACUCGGAGUCAUCAUCCUCUUCAUCGUCAAAUGACAGUGAUGAGGACUAUGUAACGUCAUCUAGUAUCAGUUUGAGCAGUCAAGAGGAGGAAGAGGACAUUGACCCCGUUGAUCGACUCCUGAGCGCGCAAAUGACCUAUGUUCGGCGGUUACUUGGUGAUAUUCGCAACCGACCUAAACGGCACCGGUUAGCCAAUGUGGCUUUGGAUUACGAUAGCCCAUUCGGUGGUAUCGUUAUCGAUUCGGUUCAUCCAGAGAAACUAAGCCAAAAUGACAUUGCUUCACUCGAUCAUCUGUGUCAGCAAACAGUUUGGGGUGGAUAUCCAUUUGCUGGUGUUUUACCCGAUGGAAUGUCUUUCUGCCCAGAUGGAACUUAUCAUGACGAGGCUGCCGAAGCUGUGAUUGCCCGACAAACUGAACUGAUCCAAAGUAUCCGUGGAGAUGUGACGCAUGUACCAAGCCUUAGUGGCACUACGGCUCGAGCCAUCCAUGACUUCAAGACAAUCUUGAAAGGCAUUUUCCAGCCUACAGCUGACGAGGAAACGAUACCACCGAUAGGCUCAAUUGGCGUGAAAGGGCCUCUCAAAGUGCAAGAAUACUAUGAAUUGUCAGCUGAGAAUGCACCAGUACACUCGAAAUACUAUGGCAAAUUCCAAGUCAAGAAGCGGAAAUCCGGUGAGCCAAAUUUGAACAUGCUUUUGCCGCCAGAUAUUGUCGUCGGACGCCAGAGCGAAUGGGUCGAAGGUUCAACUGCUAUGGUUGGCUUUUGGGAAAAGCUCAGGCUUGAACCGUACUCAAGCAAAAACAACAUCUUAUACUUUGUGGUGUAUCCCGACAAUCGUGACGUUGCGGCACAGCUAUCGACAUUUUUCACGAAUCUCAAUAAUGUAUACGAGACUUGCCAACUUGGCCUCCAUCGUCCAGGAGCCACUGAGCAAUUUUAUCAUGGUGCUGUACCUGUACCAUCGCCAAAUGAAUCGACUUGGAAAGAUGGUUAUAUGGCAGCCUGUGAAAACCUUGGAUCAGCAUUGGGACGAGUAAACAUCACAUCACAAGAACAUGACAUAAGCAACAUUGUAAUAUAUCUGAUGAACCCAUCAUCUCAACUAUCAUCAAACCUCGACCUCAGUCGAUGUUUCAGUAAACUUCUUUCGGCUUAUAUCACGACGGCACGACGGCAUCGAGCAAGUGAUAUCAGUACGAGUCGGUUUGUGAUGCAGAUCCUUCCACUAGAUCAUGCCCUACGCCUCGAAAACACGUGUACUUUGCUCGCCCUUAAAGAUAUCGCCUUCUCCAUAUACAGUCAAUGCCAUAGCAUUGAACGACGACAGGACCAUAUUGACCAUGUCCGUUCCAUAUCGAGCUUCUAUACCCCACCAUGGAUCAUUGCUCAGCAACCUCCAGGUUCCAUUAAGCUGUCAAUCAAAAAUCCAUUGGUCGCGUUCCCAACUGUAAUUCUUGAUCCCAGUGCAACACUUCACAUGGCAUAUAGCUUCAGUUUGGAUCGGCGAUGGAUGGUCAUAGUCUGGUCAGAUCACCGAGGCGAACUCUUGGAAUUUGCCGUGCUCGAAAUCCAGGCGGCUAGCAGCAAGACACCGGUGUCUCCGCUUGUCAAGGUAUUUACGGAAGCAUGGACUCGGACGCGCAAUAUUGCUCGCCGAACAGGUAUCGCUUGGAGCUUCGUGCUAGCCAAGAUUGGACUGAUAUUUGAGAGCGAACUUCAAGCAUGGUUGGAUUCUUUACAUUCUACUGGUGAUUCUGAAGAAAAAGUGGCCAUUAUCAGCAUGGAUGUAGAAUCUCCAUUACAUUUCGACGACGAAGUAAGAUCUCAGCACAAUGAGCAAGACACAACGAACGCAAAUGUAUCCGACGCGUACACAUUUGCAUCUUCCUCACCCUACAAUUCCACGACGAAUUCAACGCCGAGUGGCACGAUCAAGCCGACUGCGACUCCAGCUAAAGAGUUACUCGAUGUCGAUAGUGGCACAUAUAUGAUCAUGCUGAACCAUCGGAUGGCAUACUCAAGACAACGUGUUAACAUUUACCAAGGAGACCUGGCAAUGGAGCCAAUGAACGAACUGGAUAGCUGGAUACUGUCAUUAUCUACCGGAUACCUAGUCAUUUCGCGGAACCCAGCUCUGGAGCAGGGACUUCCACGGAGCCAACCGCUGGCGCUGGAGCUCCAUCUUGUAUACAAUAAUCUAUCACGUACACCUUAUACCGCAUUGCAUGAUAUUAUCAAGCAAUAUCAUGCCCUGUCAUACGUCAAUUACCCUCCAUCCUAUGCCAGCAGCAGCAACGCCACUUUGUUACCAACGCAUAUUGCACUCGUUGAACGACUCUGCCGGAUCCUUCUUGUUGUUGGCUCUUAAUAUUCUAGUUGUUUCUUUUCUUCGUCACUUCUUUCUCAUCUGUAUAUAGUAAAAUCAAAGCCAAAGAACCCCCGGUUUUUUUCACGCCACGUGGGCCAUACUCAGAAAGCAAAACGCUUUGGGAUAUUGUGCUACAUUCCUUUUAUGUAACCAUUUGAAGCCUAAAGAUAACAAUAACUGUUUUAUUAUCCC